AUCUGUCAAUUCGUUUUAGAGGCGAAAACCAAACGGCAACAAUCGCCACAGCUAAUUGUAGGGUUCGUUAUGAUUGCCCUACACAGUUGUGACCUUCAUUCAUUCACUGACAUCAAAUAUUCAGAUGCAAAUCAGCUGGUGAAUCACAGGCGGCAAAGCUGUCCUAUAAAUAUGGACACAAACCAUCCUGUUGUCCUCGCAGGGUCCGACAGACAGGUGAUCCUGCCGAGAGACAGAGGACAGAGGAGACACUUUUGGGGAGGAGAGAGAGCGCGUAAAAUCAGAUGAUGUCCAUUGCUGGCGCGCAGCCUUUCAUCAAACCAAUGCAGCCCCCGCCUUCCGUUUCUCCUGGUAUCCAAAGGAGACACACGCUUCCCGCCAGCGAAGUCCGACCGCUCAACACCCAGGAUGCCAUAAGCGUCUUUGAAAUCGAGCGAGAAGCAUUUAUCUCAGUGUCAGGUGAGUGUCCCCUCCACCUGGACGAGGUGCGUCAUUUCCUCACGCUGUGUCCAGAGCUGUCCAUGGGCUGGUUUGAGGAGGGCCGACUGGUGGCGUUUAUCAUCGGAUCUCUCUGGGACCAGGACAGACUAACUUCAGAUGCACUGACUCUUCACAAGCCCCACGGCUCCACCGUCCACAUCCACGUCCUCGCUGUCCAUCGCACCUUCAGGCAGCAGGGCAAAGGUCCCAUCCUGAUGUGGCGCUACCUGCAGUACCUCCGCUGCCUGCCCAACGUGCGUCGAGCGGUGCUGAUGUGCGAAGAUUUCCUCAUCCCCUUCUACUGCAAGUCGGGCUUCAAGGUGCUGGGGCGCUGUGCCAUCACCGUGGCCAACCUGACCUUCACUGAGAUGUGGUACCCCAUCAGCGGCCACGCCUACAUGCGGCGCAACAGCGAAGCCAUCCGCUUCCCCCAGCAUCCUCUGACCCUGCCGCUCACAAAGACUGAUGAGCAUGUUGACGUAUGACUUUAAGUCUUUUUCAUUUGAAGUUAAUGUUGUACUCUUUGUAGAACAUGUCAGGGUUUUGGGUGGCUGCUUACUCUGUUCUUGUUGGGACUUAUUUCUUCUAUUCUCACACUGAAGCUGGUCAGUCUGUCCUGCGUGAAAUUGUCUUAAUGUGUGCAAUAAAAACAAGAAUGCACUACACUGUGAUGUGAUGUGUUAUAUGUGAUCGAGUUUCCUUUGUAAGACCUGUGUCCUGUGUUCAUCACUCACCUGUGAGAGCAGCAGAGCAGUGUGCUCAGCUAUUACAGCAACUCUAACUGGAGUUACCUUGAUUAUGUCUUGUAUUUGUGGUAGAUAUUUGGAUUUGUUGCUGUACAUCAACAUGCCUCCUGCUUAGCACCUUUCUGGGCUUCCCGCAACUGUGAACUGACGUCAGCGAUCAGGCUUUAGCAGCUCAACCGCAGCUCCUCCAGCUCUAUUAGGGGGCUUUAGCUGUUGUAAACGUCCGAGGAUUUAGAAGGAGAUCCAACCAUCAGUCAGUCUGCACAUCCAAUGUGCAGACUACUUAAACCAACUGGCAUAAUCUACACUUUGGUUAGAUGUGAUGUUUCCUUUCAUAUUUGUGUCUGUUUCAGCAUCACAGUUUCAAUAAAGUGUUUUAUACUGUUUCUUAAGGGGGAAAAUGAACCUUUUUGAUUUGUCCUCUUGAAGGCAUUCACAGUUUUCAUCACUUGUCUGACAAGUUUAUCUAACCAAACAUUCCCCUGAACACCACAUUAUCGCUAUUAUUAACAAUGA